AAGUGUAGAGCCAGAGCCAGAGUCAGGGGGAGUCUCUCUAUUCAUUAACACGCAAUAAAAAGAGACAUGGAAGUCGGGUCAGCGGUUAGUGCUGUGAGGAGUAAGAGGGUACUGAUUGGCAACGAAGUCCGUCCUGCUGUGGUCGUAAUAAAGGAUGGGAAGAUCCAUCAAAUACUCUCAGGCAGCAACUUUUCGGGGGAUGGUGGCUGUGAGGUGUUGGAUGUGGGUGACAGUGUGGUGAUGCCGGGUAUUGUAGAUUGCCAUGUUCAUGUGAACGAACCAGGACGCACCUCCUGGGAGGGUUUCUGGACCGCCACCAGGGCUGCUGCAGCCGGAGGGGUGACGACGAUUGUAGACAUGCCACUAAAUAGCAUUCCUGCGACCACCACACUGGGUCAUUUUCAUGAGAAGCUGCGUGAGGCGUCAGGGAAGUGUUUUGUGGACACAGCUUUCUGGGGAGGCGUGAUUCCUGGCAACCAGCUAGAACUGCGGCCCAUGAUCCACGCCGGAGUGGCCGGCUUCAAAUGUUUCCUCAUCCAUAGCGGGGUGGAGGAGUUUCCCCACGUGACUGACUGUGAUCUACACGCAGCCAUGAAGCAGCUGCAAGGCACAGGAAGUGUCCUGCUGUUUCACGCAGAGUUAGAUGUUCAGCAGACAACGGAGGAGACUGGUGACCCGUCUCAGUACUCCACCUUUCUGCGGUCCAGGCCAGACGUCAUGGAAACGGAGGCCAUUCGCACCGUCACAGAGCUCUGCCUGCAGUACCAGGUGCGGUGCCAUAUAGUUCACCUGUCCUCUGCGAAGCCACUGAAACUGAUCCAGAGGGCGCGGCAGGCUGGAGCCCCCCUGACGGUGGAGACGACCCACCACUACCUCAGCCUGUGUGCUGAGAACAUACCUGCGGGGGCCACACAGUUCAAGUGCUGUCCGCCCAUCAGAGGAUCUAAUAACCGGGAGCAGUUAUGGUCAGCACUGAAAGAUGGGCAGAUCGACAUGGUGGUGUCCGAUCACUCUCCCUGCACCCCCGAUCUGAAGAAACUGGAUAGUGGAGACUUCACUCAGGCCUGGGGGGGAAUUUCCUCACUACAAUUUGGCUUGCCUCUGUUCUGGAGCUCAGCCAGUAAGAGAGGCUUUCAGCUGUCUGAUGUGGCGAGGCUUCUCAGCCAGAAAACGGCCCAGCUGUGCAGUCUCGACAACCAGAAGGGCAGCCUCUGCCCCGGCUAUGAUGCCGACUUGGUCGUAUGGGACCCAGAGAGAGAGUUCGAGAUUCAAGAAGCAGGCAUACACCAUAAAAACAAGAUAACUCCUUACCUUGGCUUUGCACUGCGGGGAGCGGUGUGUGCCACCAUCCUCAGGGGACGGCUGGUCUACAAAGAUGGCUCCUUCAGCCCCGAGCCUCUGGGGAAACACCUCCUCAUCCCUCAGAGGAACAAUCCAGCCCAGCUGUGAAGCAAGAUGACAUCUAUCAUUUCAUCAUAUUUCACUAUCCAAAAGUUCUUAAAUGACAGUUUUUGUCUGUAAUAGAACUGGGAACAGACGCUGGUUUAACAGAUUGUUAAGACCCUUUUAAACAAAGCUACUGAAGUUAAUGUGGCAGAUGUGAUGGAAACAACAUAAACAGACUGAAUCAAUCUUAUAAUUGAGCACAACACGUGUUUACAAAGACCCCAGACUGCUGCAUAUACAUUUUCAAGCAAAGUAUUCUCCUCAAAGACUGAACCAUUUGAUUUACAGAUAAACUUCUGGUUUAUUAUGUUAUUAUUAUUAUUAUGUCCUGAGAGUGGAGGUUUGAGGCAUGUGGAGUCUUCUGCCUUGAUUCUCUGACCUCUUACUCUAAAGGUGAUGAUUCUGACAAUACAACACUGUUUAAUGUAACUGAUGCACCAAAAUAAAACUCUGUAACAUGGUGAAACCUCUAAUUACUGGCACAACAUCAUAAUGUUGUUUAUAUCCUAAAAAAGGAGCCUAUUUCACUUUACUUUUCCUUGGCUUUUCCAAACUUUCAAAUAAUGUUUGAAUGGUACAAACUGUCCAAAUAUUAAAGUGAAAAAUCUA